AUGAUCAACGCUGUUCUGGUCUUCAACAAUAACGGCCAACCGAGACUGACAAAGUUCUAUUCUCAACUAGACACGGCGACUCAGCAGUCUCUGCUCUCCCAGAUAUUCAACCUUGUGUCAGCUCGACCAGCUUCUGCCUGCAACUUCCUGCCUCUUCCUCCCUUGUUGGCUCCCACCGGCACGGGCACCAACACUUCACCAGACGCACCCACCCAAAUCACCUAUCGCCAUUAUGCCACUCUCUACUUCAUCUUGAUCUCGACCUCCACCGAGUCUCCUCUAGCAUUGCUGGACUUCAUCCAGGUGUUUGUCGAGGCUCUGGACAGACUGUUUGAGAAUGUCUGCGAACUCGAUCUGAUUUUCGGGUUCGAAACUUUGCACGCCGUUCUUAGCGAAAUGGUCGUCGGAGGUGUUGUUGUCGAGACAAACCUGGACAAGAUUGUGGAUGGUGUCAGAACAACUGAGGGUGUCAAGGGGAAACGAAAAGCUGUCAAUGCCAACGACUCUACCGGCUCCAUCGGGAGAGGCACAGGAUUUGCUAGUCUUAGAUGGGCCACUGGUUCAGGAAGGAGCUGGAGGUGA